GAUCCGACGGACGGGAUCAGAGGAGCUCACGCCCGGCCGACCGCAGUUUGUGUGUCCGUCCCCGUCCGCCUCGGGUGGGUCACGCCGCCUCUGGUUCCGAUAUUCGCCGCAUAAAGUCUGUCCGCCCUAGUUCACUACUCGACAAGCGAGAAGCCAAAGCACAAGCCCUAUUAGAGCAUGGCCGGUAAGACAUGACCACCGUCAAGAUUGGCACUUAAGGGGGUCGUGUAAGACGACCGACCCCUGGCACCCGGGACCUUCGGGGCCAGCAGCGGAGUCCGCUGUCCGGCCCGGCAUAACGUCACACCAACGAAACAAAAAACCAGAUCCCCUUUUAAAGGGUUGCCAGGCUCGCUGCUGGGGCCAAACCGCCCGGCUCCCGGUUUUGCCCAGUCGAGCGUCCCCACGAGAGAUAACAUUUGAAAGGAACCACCAAAGUCCCCAACAUGGCGUCGAGUCUCGCCAAGUCACCGACCAGGAGGCUGGUUACACAGAAGGCCCUGUCGAUCAGCACGACGAGGCAGUGUUGUGCUCGGUGCUUCGCGACAAGCGUCGAGUCAGAAAAAGGCAAGAAGAGGGAGAGGAUAGCGAUUCUCGGAUCUGGAUGGGCGGGUUAUGCUUUUGCAAGGACACUUGACCCGGCAAAAUAUGAAAGAAUCAUAAUCUCGCCCCGUUCAUAUUUCGUCUUCACGCCCCUCUUGGCCUCAACCUCAGUCGGCACGCUCGAGUUCAGGACGACCCUGGAGUCAGUCCGCAGGCUAGGAGAUGUCGAAUUCCACCAGGGAUGGGCGGACGACAUAGACUUCUCGCGCAAGGUCAUCCAUGUGGAGGAGAACCAAGCAGAUGACCUGUCCAGCCAGACCAUCCUGCCGCCUCCCAAAGACUCCAAGAGCAAGGAUGCCCAGGUCGAGCCGCCUCAGAUACCCAAGGGCCCCGUGAUGGAUGUCGCAUAUGACAAGCUCGUUGUCGCUGUUGGCGCAUACAGUCAGACGUUUGGCAUCGAGGGCGUCAGGCAACACGCGCACUUCUUGAGAGAUAUCGGAGACGCGAGGAGGAUCCGCCUGAGGGUGCUGUCUCUGUUUGAGCAGUGCUCUAGUCCCACCAUUUCCGAAGAGAAUCGUCGUAAAUUGCUCCACUUCGCUGUUGUGGGCGGCGGGCCUACUGGUAUAGAAUUCGCAGCCGAACUCCACGAUCUCAUCCACGACGACCUCUCCAAGAUAUACCCCGACCUGAUGCCCUACGUCAGGAUCACAGUAUACGACAUCUCGCCCAAGAUCCUGCCCAUGUUCGACCAAACGCUCGCCUCGUACGCCAUGGGCACCGUCCAGAAGCAGAACAUCGAGAUCAAGACGGCGCACAGCAUCCAGCGCGUGCGGCCCGACACGGACCCCUCGGGCGGGCUCAAGAUCAAGAUCAAGGAGUGCGGCGACGAGGAGGUCGGCGCGGGCAUCGUGGUGUGGAGCACAGGGCUGAUGCAGAACCCGCUCAUCGAGAGGCUCAUGGGCAAGAGCUUGUCGGCCCCGCUCCCCAUCGAGGGCAGCGAGGCGCCCCGGGAGCUGAGGCUCGAGAAGGACACCAGGACGGGCGGCGUAAUCGUCGACAGCCGGCUCCGCGCACGACUGGCCGACACCAGCGCCCUGGACAAGGACAACACGGCCGCCACACCGCCCGGCGCGCAGUCGCAGGUCCUCAACGACGUCUUCGUCAUCGGCGACUGUGCCGUCAUCGCGGACCAGCCCACGUUGCCCAAGACGGCCCAGGUAGCGUCGCAGGAGGCGGCCUACCUGGCCAAGGCGCUGAACCAGGGGACGCUGGAGGAGGGGAAGCCAUUCAAGUUCCGCAACCUUGGGACAAUGACUUAUCUGGGCAACUGGAAAGCGCUCUUCCAGGGGAGCUCCGGGGACCUGACAGGUUUUAUGGCCUGGGUCUUGUGGCGGGGGGCGUACCUCACAAAGUCCAUGAGCUGGAAGAAUAAGAUGUUGAUUCCUGUCUACUGGUUUGUGUCUUGGGUUUUUGGCCGUGAUAUCUCUAGGUUCUGAGAUGGCAGAGUAGCGCGGCGCUGGUUGUCAAGAACUUGGGAUUCCUUCAAUUUUAGAGAAUAGAUCUAUAGAACGACUAGACGGGCUUUUUUUUUGAUACCAGCGAUUACAGCUUUACAGGAUUUCCUCUACUAAAAUGAGCAAGCG